AUGCGGAUUCAGCUACGCUGCAACUACAUUGAACAGGACAUUGACAUUUCUAUAGGCGAUGAAUCGGAAGAAGGCAGUCAAGCCCCACGCACGUUGGCCGAGUUCCGGAGGGCCGCCGCCGAGUUGUACGGCCUCGACCCCGAGCGCAUCAAGUUUGUUCAUGCGGCCAAGAUGAUCAACGAGAUCGAGCCGGGCGAGCGUCUGCUCAGCGAAUUCGGCUUCAAAGAGGGCGAGCGUGUCGUGCUGAUGGGCCGAGCGAUGGCGGAAGACGCUGGCUUCAAGCGGUUAUGCGAUUACGAGAAGAGCCUCACCCCCUUCCAGGAAACAUUCGCGAAGCUCGGUGUCGACCUCGGGGAGCUCGAGAAGGGAUUCCUUGAAGGCUCACAACGAAAGGAGGCGAUACAGAAGAUGGACAAGCGGAUACGGACAUUCAACGAGAUAGGCAUUCGACAUCUCGAAGGGCUCGACGCCAUUGAAUUGACGUCGGAAGCGAGCACGCCCGCUCAGGUGCAACGGAACCGGGAGAAGCGAAAAGCCCUCAUCAACGGUAUCCCCGGUGAACCUGGCGCCCCGGGCCGUAGCGGUUUUCCCGGCUCUGAAGGUCUUCGAGGAGUUCGUGCUGCUGCCGGAAUGCCCGGAAAUGACGCUGCAUACUGCCCUUGUCCACCACGUUCGAUGGGCAUCGAGUCGACGUAUGCGGUUGAGCCGACCGGAUAUGGACGACGACGACGAUUU